AUGCACUCUCCCAAGAAAAGAAAAACUCCCUAGCCAUACACACUAAACUGAGCAUGUGCAGCUUGCUCCCAAGGCUCUGUUCUAUCAGCAGAUUGAUUGGGGACAGUAGAAGGGGAGGAUCAAAGAAGAUAGGAUCAAACAGCUAUUUUACACAAUGUAGAUGAUUAACCCCUUAGGUUCCACAGUGAGUAUAACAAGCAUGCUUUACUGCAUAUACAGACUGAUCUUACUAUUGUGGGUUUAGUAACACUUUAAGCUGACCAUAGAUGGAUCGAA